AUGGCGGGGCGGGCGUCCCUGUGCUCCGCUCCCGGGGCGCUGCGGUCGCCUUCUGCUGCGUCGAGGGCUACUCUUACCUAUGACACUCUCAGGUUCGAAUAUGAAGACUUCCCUGAGACCAAAGAACCCGUUUGGAUCCUCGGCCGGAAAUACAGUGUUUUCACAGAGAAAGAAGAGAUCCUGUUGGAUGUGACCUCUCGCCUAUGGUUCACCUACAGAAAGAACUUCCCUGCUAUUGGAGGAACCGGUCCUACAUCUGAUACUGGCUGGGGCUGUAUGUUGCGGUGUGGCCAGAUGAUCUUUGCUCAGGCCUUGAUCUGCAGGCAUUUGGGAAGAGACUGGAGGUGGAUAAAAGGGAAGAGGCAGAUGGAUAAUUACUUCAAUGUUCUUAAUGCCUUCAUUGACAAAAAAGACAGCUACUACUCCAUUCACCAGAUAGCCCAGAUGGGAGUUGGAGAGGGAAAAUCCAUAGGUCAGUGGUAUGGACCAAACACAGUUGCACAAGUGCUCAAAAAACUUGCAACUUUUGAUACAUGGAGCUCACUGGCAGUACAUAUAGCCAUGGACAACACAGUAGUGAUGGAAGAAAUCCGGCGGUUGUGCCAGUCCAACUUCCCGUGUGCUGGAGCUGCAGCAUGCCCUGCUGUGGAGUCAGACGUACUCUAUAAUGGGUACCCAGAGGAAGCGGGGGUUAGAGAUAGGCUCUCACUGUGGAAACCAUUGGUGCUGCUGAUACCUCUCCGCCUUGGGCUCACAGAGAUCAAUGAAGCCUAUAUUGAAACACUAAAGCACUGCUUCAUGAUGCCCCAGUCCCUGGGAGUGAUCGGAGGGAAACCAAACAGUGCUCACUACUUCAUUGGCUAUGUAGGUGAGGAGCUCAUUUACCUGGAUCCCCACACGACGCAGCCUGCGGUGGAGCCCAAUGACAGCGGCUGUCUCCCCGAUGAAAGCUUCCACUGCCAGCACCCUCCCUGCAGAAUGAGCAUUGCUGAGCUCGACCCCUCCAUUGCGGUGGGCUUUUUCUGCAAUACAGAGGAGGACUUUAAUGAUUGGUGCCAGCAAAUCAGAAAGCUGUCCCUGGUAAGAGGAGCGCUGCCAAUGUUUGAACUGGUCGAACGCCAACCGUCGCACUUCUCCAACCCUGACGUCCUGAAUCUCACACCAGACUCCUCUGAUGCUGACAGAUUGGAAAGGUUCUUUGACUCAGAAGAUGAAGACUUCGAAAUCCUGUCCCUUUGAAAACCAAUAGGAAACUGACUCUGCAAAUUUGUGUUAUGUGUGGGGAGAAGGGGGGGAGGGAAGCUCCUUCGAGAGCCUGGGGCUACCGGUUUUCAUAGGCGCUUGCUGCCAUCCCCGCCUCUUGUCCAUCCUGGCAUUCUGUGCAGCCUCUGAGCGGAGUGCCCGUGGUCUGCAUUGGGAUGAAGAACUGGGUGUUACAGCCUUACUGGCUGGAGUCGGAAUUUCUCAGCAGAAAACAGUUGCUGGAAGUGGAUGCAGUGGUGCUUAGGAGUUCAAAGCCUAUCCGUUCCAUCAGCAGGUCAGUUGGCCUUCUGGGGGAGGCAUAGAAAUCGUUAGAGCGCUAAAUCCUUUCAUGGGGACUCCCCUCUGAAGCUUAAAUAGAGCUACCCAUCACUUAGCAGGUGAAAUGUACAGUUAAUUCCUUUAGCAGCUUCUCUUCUCACUGGCCAACUUGGACUGCAGCUCACAACGUCAAUGAAUGGCAGACGUGUCCCAAGGGACGGCUGUGAAGCUCCUGGUCUGCAAGUGGCCGGGCUUCCUACAGUACAACUCCUGUUCAUGCUUUGCUUCCUCACAGGUGUAAUGUCCCUCUUCUCCUCACAUCCUCUGAAAAAGGAAGUUGAGGGACCUUACAAGUGA